AAUUACAUGGAAGCUAUUUUUUUUUAAUUCCAGAGAUAAAUCAGCUUCUCUCGUUGUGUGUGACGAUUACGUAUGUAGAUUGUCAAAAUACUUUGAUUGAAUAUAAAACCGCACAUCUCAGCUCUCGGAAUUUAGUGUUCGGCAAAACGUGUAACUUAGCAGCUGCAGUGAACGGAAGCUACUCGACAAAAUGUGGCUCUAUCUAGCAGUGUUGGCAGUGACAGUAGCGGUGUUUUGGGUUCGGAGAAAAUACUCCUACUGGGAAGAACGUGGCGUAGCGUACAUCAAACCGACAUUUCCCGCAGGGAACCUUGGUGUCAGAGGCAAGCAACAUAUUUCCGCUGUCAUGAAACGCUGCUAUGAUCAGCUCAAGGGCAGCGGAGCUUUCGGGGGCAUUUUCUUUUUCACCAACCCGGUGGCGCUGGCUUUGGAUUUGGACUUUGUGAAAACGGUGCUGAUAAAAGAUUUCGACUACUUCCAUGAUCGAUCGGUGUACUACAACGAGAAGGAUGAUCCCCUUUCGGCGCAUCUUUUCACCAUGGAAGGCACAAAAUGGCGCAAUUUACGUACCAAGCUCACAUCGACCUUCACGUCCGGCAAGAUGAAAAUGAUGUUUCCAACCAUCACCGGAGUGGCGGAAGAGUUUCGGAAAUUGAUGGCCAGUGAAGCGCAAAAAGGGGGAGAAAUUGAGAUGAAGGAAAUUUUGGCCCGUUUUACCACGGAUGUGAUAGGAAAUUGCGCGUUCGGGUUGGAAUGUAACAGUUUACAUGAUCCGGAUGCAGAAUUUCGGCGAAUGGGUAAAAAGAUCUUCUCGUUCGGUACGUGGAAGUUGAUCCUAAUCAUUUUAGCGCAGCAAUUCCGCAAUAUUGCACGGGCAUUGCAUUUUGCUGCGAUCGAUAAAGAGGUGUCUCGGUUUUUCAUGGGUGCAGUGAAAGAUACUGUCGAGUAUCGUGAGAAAAACAAUGUGGAACGAAACGAUUUUAUGAAUUUGUUAAUUAAACUGAAGAAUGCGGAACAAUCGAAGGGGGAUUUAGACAGUAAUCUGGGAGCAUUGAGCAUAGAGGAAGUCGCGGCGCAAUCGUUUGUGUUUUUCAUCGCUGGAUUUGAAACAUCAUCUACGGCUAUGUCCUACUGUUUGUACGAACUGGCUUUAAAUUCCGAACUUCAGGACAAGGCCCGUGCCGAUGUGAUGGAGACGUUGAAAAAGCAUGGUUCGAUGACAUACGAAGCAAUUCAGGAUAUGCAUUACAUCGAUCAGUGCAUCAAUGAAUCACUCCGAAAAUAUCCUCCAGUUACAAUCCUCACACGAAAGGUUUCCAAAGCCUAUAAGGUGCCGGGAACUAAUCACAUCCUCGAGCAGGGUUCUACGAUGAUUGUUCCCGUGUACGGCAUUCAUCAUGAUGCAGAAUACUAUCCGGAUCCGGAACGCUACGAUCCGGAUCGAUUCUCACCGGCUCAGUUUUCACAGCGAAAUCCGUACUGUUUCCUGCCGUUCGGUGAAGGACCACGGAAUUGUAUCGGUAUGCGCUUUGGAUUGAUGCAAGCCCGCGUUGGCUUGGCUUAUCUGUUGAAGGAUUUCCGAUUUACGUUAUCCGGCAAAACUUCUGUGCCCUUGAAGAUCAUACCCAACAGUCCUGUGCUGACUUCCGAAGGUGGACUGUGGCUGAAUGUACAGAAGCUGUAGUUUGACGCUGGAAAUAACGGGGUGAUGAAAGUCAAGCUGUGAUUAUCAUACGUUCAAUUUGACAUAAAAGAAGAAUAAAAAGAACAAUGAAAAAUGUUAGUUCAAUAUUUGUUACUAGAGUUUUACACAUGUUUUUAUAAUGACCUAGGUUUAAGUUUUUAAAACAAAAAAAUUAAAAUAAUAGAUUCUAAUGCGACGAAUUCAACUUUUUUUACAUUUUAGUUUGAGAAGCGGAGCGCUUGGUAGUUUAAGGAUUAGCAAAUGUGUUUUAAUAUAAAAUGUAAAAAUUAAAGGGUUGUAUGCAAGACACGACCGAGCACGAUUGCAUUAAAAAUGAAAUAAUUCUAACGUAUCCAUGGUGAUUGCCGAAAAUUUGACUGAAGCUGCUAUAUUGCUAUCUAUAUUGUAUACAACAUUUUCAAUCCGAUAGAAGAUGCUAUAAGAACUCGAGUCUAUCAAUGCAUGAACCGUGAGAGAAUUUUUCUACAUUUCUUCGCUCAACUUCAUACUCUGAGUAUUUCAUGCCCUUAAAAAAAUUUACAGUCUGAUAAUGAUCGUUGCUGUGUGGAAUUUACCAAGAGAGAAUCGCAAGUUGACAAUUAUCGCAGAAAAUCGAAUCGAUGAUUCAACUUGAUGAUUCUCAUACUAGGUUGCAAUAUUGCGAAACCCUUGUGUGGAGCAUUUACAGCUAUUUUCAUAGAUACAACUUAUACAAAGAUUAUAUGCACAUAGUUAGAAUAAGCGGUAAUAGUAAAAUGAUUCUAUCGCAAUUAUCAACUGCCUGUAUAGAAUGGGAUCGCGAAACGAAAAUAAGCGACCGUUUGUUGCUCCAGAGAGAAUCCCCACAGCAGCGUGCUAGCCGUUGAUUCUCCGACGGUUCACCGAGAGAAAUUCGCUCUCGCACUGGUGUCUAUUCUAUGUUAAAUGUACCAUGCCGGUUUUUUGUUGUUGCGAUGAUUUCCGUUUCUCUUUGAUGGCACUGAUUCAAUCGUGGAAGAGUUGCCAGUGAACGU